AUGACAGCCAUUAUUAGUUCCGUACUUUCCUCAGUCAAAACGUAUGCAUGGAUUUUAUCGCUUCUAUCAUUUAUUCCUGAGUCCUAUUGUCGGGCACGUAGCACUGGUAGAAGUAUAAAAUGGUAUCCUGGAAGCGAUGACUUUUCCUCUGAGCCAUUUCAUUUGAAUUUAUCACAAGGAGACAUUAUUGCGUUUGUAUGCAAACCAGAACUCCCUAUGUCGUUUUAUAGUGUUUCGAAAGAAGAUUACUUCUCGUGUAGGAAAACGAUGCACAGCCUUAACGUAGGAUCUUGUGAUGGCUCAAAUAAUAAGUUUUACCAAACUUUACGUUCCGACUCUCUGAUCCCCUGGAAACCAGAUACUUAUUACAUAAUUGCCGUGGACAAUUAUGGUAAGAGAGAAUAUUGCAAAGAGAGCUAUUUGAAGAUGAUGCUGACUGUAGCCGGUGCGGACCAGCCAAAGGUUAUAUCUACUACAGAACUCAUUCCCGAAGAUACUCCCGAAUUCCGCUUCAAUCCUGCUACUAUUCCUGAAUUCAAAACUAGAAACUCUAGAGACAGAGUCCCUCUAUCAAGAUUACCCGAGCGCUUUCAUGGAGGAAAAGUUUUGACUUCUCAGGAAAUUCUCAAUGGUCGUUUGAAGUUUGUAUCGUGCAUCGGUACAACCGGUAGCGAAGACUUAGGAAGCGAGAAAGAACCAACACGAAAGAAAGGGGCAGCUUGUAUAAUGCUUAACCCUUCUUAUUACACAAAUGGGAAAGCAACAGAUCUUAUGGACACACGCUAUCUGCCUUUGUAUGGAAGUAGUGGAUUGUCUACUGUUGUUCUACCAAUUCUAGUCGCUUUGUUUCUGCUUUAA